CAGCAAGGGGUGGAGCCUGUGGUGCCCAGACGCGGCUUGAACUCUGAGAGGCGGGCUGGGCCUUAGCCAAUGGGCUGAGGGGGUGGGAAGGGAGGCGGGGCUUGUCCUGGCCAAUCGCCGGGCGUGCCCUCGUUGCCGCUCUAUGCCGCUCCGCCCAGGCUCGCUGGUCCCAGAAGGCGCCGGGUUUCCCAAGAUGGCGGCCGACGUGUCCGUUACUCACCGGCCCCUGCUGAGCCCGGAGGUUGGGGCCGAGGCUGAAGCUGAUGAUGCCGCGGAGCGCCGGGCGCCCGAAGAAGAAUUGCCGCCGCUAGAUCCAGAGGAGAUCCGGAAACGCCUAGAACAUACCGAGCGCCAGUUCCGUAACCGCCGCAAGAUACUGAUCCGGGGCCUCCCGGGGGACGUGACCAACCAGGAAGUGCACGAUCUGCUCAGCAACUAUGAGCUCAAGUACUGUUUUGUGGACAAAUACAAAGGGACAGCCUUCGUGACCCUGCUGAACGGGGAGCAGGCAGAGGCUGCCAUCAGCGCCUUCCACCAGAGCCGCCUGCGGGAGCGCGAGCUGUCGGUGCAGCUGCAGCCCACGGACGCGCUGCUGUGCGUGGCCAACCUGCCCCCCAGCUUCACGCAGCAGCAGUUCGAGGAGCUGGUGCGGCCCUUCGGCAGCCUGGAGCGCUGCUUCCUGGUCUACAGCGAGCGCACUGGCCACUCCAAGGGCUACGGCUUCGCGGAGUACAUGAAGAAGGACUCGGCCGCCCGCGCCAAGUCGGACCUGCUGGGCAAGCCUCUGGGCCCGCGCACCCUCUACGUGCACUGGACGGACGCCGGGCAGCUGACCCCCGUGCUGCUGCACUCCCGCUGCCUCUGUGUCGACCGCCUGCCCCCCGGUUUCAGUGACGUGGACGCCCUGCGCCGGGCGCUGUCGGCGGUCCACACGCCCACCUUCUGCCAGCUGGCAUACGGCCAGGAUGGGCAGCUGAAGGGCUUCGCUGUGCUGGAGUACGAGACGGCAGAGAUGGCCGAAGAGGCACAGCAGCGGGCGGACGGCCUGGCGCUGGGGGGCAGCCACUUGCGCGUCUCCUUCUGUGCCCCCGGGCCCCCCGGCCGCAGCAUGCUGGCUGCGCUCAUCGCUGCGCAGGCCACGGCCCUCAAUCGGGGCAAAGGGCUCCUGCCCGAGCCCAACCUCCUGCAGCUGCUCAACAACCUGGGGCCCUCCGCCUCCCUCCAGCUGCUGUUGAACCCCCUGCUCCAUGGCAGUGCAGGGGGCAAACAGGGCCUCCUGGGUGCACCUCCGGCCAUGCCGCUGCUCAACGGGCCCGCCCUGUCCACGGCACUGCUGCAGCUCGCCCUGCAGACCCAGAGUCAGAAGAAGCCUGGGAUCCUGGGAGACUCUCCCCUGGGCACCCUUCAGCCUGGGGCCCAGCCGGCCAACCCCCUCCUCGGGGAACUGCCUGCAGGGGGGGCCCUGCCCCCAGAGCUGCCGCCCCGGCGAGGGAAGCCACCACCUCUGCUGCCACCACUCCUUGGCCCCUCUACCGGUGACCGGGAAGCCAUAGGCCUGGGUCCCCCAGCAGCCCAGCUCACUCCACCCCCGGCCCCAGUGGGACUCCGAGGCGCCGGCCUUAGGAGCCUCCAGAAAGACAGUGGACCUCUGCCAGCACCCCCUGGGGUCUCGCUGCUGGGGGAACCCCCAAAGGACUUCCGGAUCCCCCUGAAUCCCUACCUGAACCUACACAGCCUACUCCCGGCCAGCAACCUGGCGGGUAAGGAGGCCCGGGGCUGGGGAGGCACAGGGAGAAGCCGCCGCCCGGCUGAGGGCCACCUGCCUAACCCCCCAGCCCCUGGAGGUGGCGGCGGCGGCAGCAAAGCCUUCCAGCUCAAGUCCCGCCUGCUCAGCCCUCUGGCCAGCACCCGUCUGCCCCCUGAACCAGGGCUGCCUGACAGCUGUGGUUUCGACUACCCCUCGGAUGUGGGACCUCGGCGGCUCUUCUCCCAUCCACGGGAGCCCACACUAGGGCCUCACAGACCCAGCCGACACAAAAUGUCCCCCCCACCCAGUGGUUUCGGAGAACGGAGCAGCGGGGGCGGCGGGGGACCCCUCUCCCACUUCUAUUCGGGCUCGCCCACUUCCUACUUCACCAGUGGCCUGCAGGCUGGCCUCAAGCAGAGCCACCUUAACAAGGCGGUCGGCUCCUCUCCACUGGGCUCCGGAGAAGGGCUCCUGGGACUCGGUCCCGGGCCCAAUGGCCACAGCCACCUGCUGAAGACCCCACUGGGUGGCCAGAAACGCAGCUUUGCCCACCUGUUGCCCUCACCCGAGCCCAGCCCCGAAGGCAGCUACGUGGGCCAGCACUCCCAGGGCCUCGGGGGCCACUACGCAGAUUCCUACCUGAAGCGCAAGAGGAUUUUCUAGGGGGCCAGUGCCAGAGAUGCUCAAGGGCCUGCACCAAAUCACUUUUGGGUUUUCUGGUGUUCUGUUUGUGUUUUUUCUUUCCCCCUUUCAGUAAUAGAAAAAUCUCUGAAAGACUUUGUUGACCAACCAGCCGGAACCCAAGGAGUGUGGGGGAGUCUGGGGGCCGCUGUGCACCUCUGGCCUUCUCCCGGCAUGGAAACUCUACAGCCUUAAGAGAGAGGGGCCCUUGCCUGCUCUCUGUCCCCUCCCCCAUAUCCACCUGUGUCUGUGUCUGUCUCUCUGGGAGUCCUCUCCUGCCUUGUCACUCCUGUAUUUUGGCCUUUCGAGUGCCUUGGAGGUUCCCCUGACCUCCCGUGAGGAUCAGAGACUAUCCCCCUUUUUUAACUUUGACAAUUGACUUUUGUUUCCUUUUCUAAUUUGUAUUAUUUUUUAAAGAAUCCAGGACGACCCCCAGCUCUGAUUCCUUCAAGGUCCAGCAUGUCUGGGCCUUCAUUCCACUCUUUUCGGUUUGAAAUGGCUCAGCCCUCUUUUUCUCAUGUCUGCUGCAGGCAUGGCUGUGUCCUGCCCCUGCCUGCCCACUCUGGCCUGUAUUCCAGCUGGGGGGCCCUAGGCCCCUGCCACUGUUCCCUUGCCUUCUGAUGCCUUAAAGCCGGGUCCCAGGCCCUGCGGUCAGAGCCUCUUAGAUGCCGAGCUCCAGGAGCUUGACUCAGGACCAAAUGGCUCUGGCCUGGGGAUUGGGCCCCUCUACCCAGGGUCCCCACUCUGAGGACAGUAGAAGGCCAAAGCCUUGGUCUUGGCAAAACAACCCUAUCAUCCUUCCUGCCCAGGCCUAGGUGCAGAGACAGGUUUUCUCUGCCAGCUUAAACCAGUCUUGCUGUCAGUCUGUGGGAGUCGGGUAUUGUGCAUCUCACUGAGCCUCUGCUGUCUACCCCCUCCCCCACUACCCCCAUGUUGAAGAUGAGCUCCGCCUCUCCAUCCCCAGGCUAGAUCACCUGGAGCUGGCCUCCUGGCCUUCUGUUGGCCCAGUGCCCAGUCCAGCAACUUCAUGCAGAUAAGCUCUGCCCCUGCCCACCAGCAGGACCUGUCCGCCUGGACCCUCCUUCUGGCCUGCUGGGCCACCAGCUUUCCUCCCCUGACUCUGGGGGGUCCACAUCCACUCCAGGGGGGUGUCGUCUCCCCAGUCCUCCCUCACAGACCUUCCUUUGCUGAAUUAAAGUUUGUAAGUAAAUGGUUUUAAAGAAAGCAGAGCUGGCUGGUUCUUGGGA